UAAUACAUGGGGCUGGGCUCCUGCAACCCCUGAGCAGAUGCUGGAUUGGGAAUGAGAUGAUCUGCUGAAGGUGGAGAUCUGCUGUUCCAGCUCUGGAUUGAUAUUUAUGCAUCAGAUUGGAAGCCAUACAUUGCUGCUUAGUUGACCCCCACAGGAAUCAUGGCAGACCCAGCAGAAUGCAGCAUCAAAGUGAUGUGCAGGUUCAGGCCACUGAAUGGAGCAGAAAUUCAAAGAGGGGACAAGUUCAUCCCUGUAUUCAAAGGUGAUGACACCACAGUGAUUGGGCAGGGGAAGCCUUACGUGUUUGAUAAAGUGUUUUCUCCCAACACCUCCCAGGAUCAAGUGUACAGCGCCUGCGCCAAGCAGAUCGUCAAAGAUGUUUUGGACGGCUACAAUGGAACCAUCUUUGCUUAUGGACAGACAUCUUCAGGGAAAACGCACACGAUGGAGGGAAAGCUGCACGACCCUCAGAUGAUGGGCAUCAUUCCAAGAAUUGCGCACGACAUCUUUGAUCACAUUUAUUCCAUGGAUGAAAACCUCGAGUUCCACAUUAAGGUUUCCUAUUUUGAAAUUUACUUGGAUAAAAUUAGAGACUUACUCGAUGUGUCUAAGACCAAUCUUGCCGUACAUGAAGAUAAAAACAGAGUUCCUUAUGUAAAGGGUUGCACGGAAAGGUUUGUAUCCAGUCCAGAAGAAGUCAUGGAUGUGAUAGAUGAGGGCAAAGCCAACAGACACGUCGCGGUUACAAAUAUGAAUGAGCACAGCUCCAGAAGUCACAGUAUUUUCUUAAUAAACAUAAAACAAGAGAACGUGGAAACGGAGAAGAAGCUUUGUGGCAAACUCUACUUGGUGGAUUUAGCCGGAAGUGAAAAGGUCAGCAAGACGGGAGCGGAGGGAGCGGUUUUGGAUGAAGCCAAAAACAUCAAUAAGUCUUUAUCUGCUUUGGGCAACGUAAUCUCGGCUCUGGCCGAAGGAACCAAAACCCACGUUCCCUACAGAGACAGUAAAAUGACCCGUAUUCUUCAGGAUUCCCUGGGUGGAAAUUGCCGAACGACCAUUAUAAUCUGCUGUUCUCCAUCCAUCUUCAAUGAAGCCGAAACAAAGUCCACCCUAAUGUUUGGGCAGAGAGCGAAGACCAUCAAGAACACGGUUUCUGUGAAUCUUGAGCUGACCGCGGAGGAAUGGAAGAAGAAAUACGAAAAGGAGAAGGAGAAAAACAAAUCUCUCAAGAACAUUAUCCAGCAUCUUGAGAUGGAGCUGAGCAGAUGGAGAGGCGGAGAAGCGGUUCCCGUGGACGAGCAGAUAAGCGCAAAAGACCAAAAAACCCUCGAACCGUGUGACAACACCCCGGUCAUCGAUAACCUGUCCCAGACCAUCGCCAGCAUCUCGUCGGAGGAGAAGAAGAAGUAUGAUGACGACAUCGCCAGUCUGUACAGGCAGCUGGAUGAUAAGGAUGAUGAGAUUAACCAACAUAGUCAGAUGGCUGAAAAAUUGAAACAACAAAUGUUGGAUCAGGAAGAGCUCCUGGCGUCCACACGUAGAGACUAUGAGAAGAUUCAAGAAGAGCUGACGCGGCUUCAGAUAGAGAACGACGCCGCCAAGGACGAGGUGAAGGAAGUUCUUCAAGCCUUGGAGGAACUAGCUGUGAACUAUGACCAGAAAUCUCAGGAAGUGGAGGACAAGACCAAAGCCAACGAGCAACUUUCUGAUGAACUUGGCCAAAAAACGACCGGUUUGAUAGCCACCCAGCGUGAGCUUCACCAGCUGCAGGAGCUCAGUAAUCAUCAGAAGAAGAGAGCCACGGAAAUUCUGAACCUGCUGCUCAAGGACCUUGGAGAGAUUGGAGGGAUUAUUGGAACCAACGACGUGAAAACGCUCGCGGAUGUGAACGGGGUGAUCGAGGAAGAGUUUACCAUGGCUCGUCUGUACAUCAGCAAGAUGAAAUCUGAAGUCAAGUCGCUAGUAAAUCGGAGUAAACAACUGGAAGCCGCGCAGAUGGAAGCAAAUCGGAAAAUCAAUGAAAGCGAGAGAGAGCUGGCGGCGUGCCAACUGCUCAGCUCCCAGCAUGAAGCAAAGAUCAAAUCCCUUACAGAUUAUAUGCAGAAUGUGGAGCAUAGACGGAGGCAGCUGGAGGAAGCUCAAGACUCGCUGAAUGAGGAGCUGGCCAAACUCCAUGCGCAAGAAAAAAUGCAUGAAGUCUCCUUUAAAGAUAAAGAAAAGGAACAUUUGACCAGACUUCAAGACGCUGAAGAAAUGAAGAAAACCCUGGAGCAGCAGAUGGAGAGUCACAGGGAGGCUCAUCAGAAGCAGCUUUCCCGACUGAGGGAUGAAAUUGAGGAGAAACAGAAGAUGAUCGACGAUCUCAAAGAUCUGAAUCAGAAGCUGCAGCUGCAGAAGGAUAAACUGACUUCUGAUUACGAGAAGCUAAAGGCGGAAGAUCAACAGAGAGCAAAGGAACUGGAAAGUCUUGUGCUGCUUAAUGAGAAGCGGGAGCAGUCUCGCGAAGACCUAAAAGGCCUGGAGGAAACCGUGGCCAGGGAACUCCAGACUCUCCAUAACCUGCGCAGGCUUUUUGUGCAAGAUCUCACAACUAGAGUGAAAAAGAGCGUUGAGCUGGACAGUGAUGAUGGAGGUGGAAGCGCAGCCCAAAAACAGAAAAUAUCCUUUCUUGAGAACAACCUUGAGCAGCUCACCAAAGUUCACAAACAGCUGGUACGCGAUAACGCAGAUCUCCGCUGUGAGCUUCCUAAACUGGAGAAACGGCUCCGAGCCACAGCUGAGCGAGUUAAGGCCCUGGAGGGUGCCCUUAAGGAGGCCAAAGAGAAUGCCAUGCGCGACCGCAAGAGAUACCAGCAGGAGGUAGACCGCAUCAAAGAGGCUGUGAGGGCAAAGAAUAUGGCAAGGAGGGCACAUUCUGCCCAAAUCGCCAAACCAAUCCGACCCGGCCAUUACCCGGCAUCCUCUCCCACGGCAGUGAACUCCGUUCGAGGCGGAGGUGGAUCCGUGCAUUCUUCCUAUUACCAUCACCAUGCAAAAUAAACAAGAACCAUCGCUACGCAUGUGAAUCCGCUGUUAAUAAUUUCGCCAUCUCUUCGCGUGUAGUUUGAAUCUUUUCCUCCCUGCCCUGUCUGCAGUCAUCAGUCUGGAUCCCUGGCUUACCUGAACCCGCUAAUGUACAGACGCGUUUUAUCACAGCGUAAUGUAUCGAGCAUAUCGACAACUAUAGUGACCCCAGCACCCGUCCCUUGGUGCUAAAGUGGCCUCUGCUCUUACAUAGGCAAUGCAAUCAGCCCCUGGGGUACGGCCGCCUAGCAGCGCUAUCCCCUUCCUCAGCUCCCCGGACACCAUGCAUCGGUGUCUCUGCUGCAUAUUAUCCUUUACAUAGCAGCAAAGCCGUAUGCCACGCUGUCGGAGGCUGGGGACGAGCGAGUCGCCAGUGUCUGAUGUACAAUAGAGCCCUAUUUUAUAUAUUUAUGGAAUGAAGAAACCAUGUGCUGCUACACAUCGUCCAUUCAUUUUACAG